GCCGGCCUCGGCUCUUGCCUAUCCACGGUUCUUGUCAUUUUCGCUUCUCCCCUCCACUGGUUUCGAUUUCGCUCAUAUUGUGUGCCCCCAGCGCCUGAGCCGGCUCCUAAAAUGAGUACUCGCGGUUUCCGCGUGAGAACCAACCUCUGGAGCCUAUGGCCCGCCCUCUCCGGGCUGAGGUGGCUGCUAGGGCUGGGGCUGCUCUUGUGGCUUCAGGCUUCCUGCGGUACGGCUUUCUACCUCCCCGGGUUGGCUCCGGUCAACUUCUGCGAGGCGGACCGAGAAACCGCAUCCUGCCAGUCAUCAGUGGCACUAUUUGUAAAUAGAUUGGACUCAGCGAAAUCUGUGCUACCUUAUGAAUAUGAUACUUUUGACUUCUGUCAGGACUCUGAAAAGAAAAGACCAUCUGAAAAUCUUGGACAAGUACUAUUUGGAGAACGAAUAACAUCAUCUCCUUAUAAGUUUUCUUUUAACAAAACAGAAACAUGUAUAAAAGUUUGUGUAAAAUCUUAUGAUCCAGUAAAUAAAGACCAAAACAGUAAGCUGGCUUUUUUGAAGAAAGGAAUACUACUGAAUUACCAACAUCACUGGAUUAUCGACAAUAUGCCAGUGACAUGGUGUUAUGAUAUGGAAGAUGGAAAAAAGUCCUGCAUAACAGGAUUUCCAAUAGGAUGUUUUAUUACCAAAAGUGACACUGCAAAACAUGCUUGCAUUAUUAAUUCUGAAUUCAACAAAAAGAAUACUUUCUACCUUUUCAACCAUGUUGAUAUUACUAUUAUAUAUCACAGGGAAAGUAAAAAAAAUCGGGGUAUUGCAAGAUUGGUUGCUGCUAGACUUGAUCCCAAAAGCUAUAAGCAUUCAGAUGAAAACCACCUAACUUGUAAUGGACCCCCUAUGGAAAUUCCUGGAGAACAAACAGAUAAGUUGAAUGUGACUUACACUUAUUCUGUGAAAUUUCAAGAAAACAAAAAUGUCAAGUGGGCUUCUAGAUGGGAUUAUAUUUUGGAGUCUAUGCCUCAUACCAACAUUCUGUGGUUUAGUAUUAUGAAUUCUUUUGUUAUUAUUCUUAUCUUAUCUGGAAUGGUGGCUAUGAUUAUAUUAAGGACUCUUCAUAGAGAUAUUAUCAGAUAUAAUCAGAUGAAGACUUCUAAAGAUGCCCAGGAGUUUGGCUGGAAGCUGGUUCAUGCUGAUGUAUUCAGGCCCCCAAAGAGUGGAAUGUUGCUGUCAGUCUUCCUGGGUCAAGGAACACAAGUUUUGAUCAUGACAUUUAUUACUUUAUUUCUGGCCUGCCUCGGUUUUCUUUCCCCAGCUAAUAGAGGAGCUUUAAUGACCUGUGCUGUUGUGUUAUGGGUACUUCUGGGAACCUCUGCCGGAUAUGUGUCUGCUAAAAUGUAUAAGACAUUUAAUGGUGUUAAGUGGAAGACAAAUUUUUUGCUGACAGCACUAUUAUGUCCCGGAAUUGUCUUUACUGACCUCUUCAUUAUGAAUCUAAUUCUUUGGGUGAAAGGCUCAUCUGCUGCUAUCUCCUUUGGCACUCUGAUAGGUAUCCUUACAAUGUGGUUUGGAAUUUCCGUACCACUAACAUUUUUUGGUGCAUAUUUUGGAAGAAAGAGAAAGCUUUGGGUCUUCACAUAUACUGAGUUGUCUCAUCAGAUGUACUACAUGUUUGGCUUCCUUUUCUUAGUCUUUAUAAUUCUCCUGAUUACUUGUUCAGAAGCUACAAUUUUGCUGUGCUACCUUCAUUUGUGUUCUGAGGAUUAUCAUUGGUGGUGGAGAUCCUUUUUUACCAGCAGUUUUACAGCUGUUUAUCUUUUUAUGUAUGCAGUUUAUUACUUCAUUGCCAAACUUCAAAUCACAGGCAUUGUAAGCACCAUUUUGUAUUUUGGGUACACGAUGAUCAUGGUGUUGAUUUUCUUCCUUUUCACAGGGACAGUUGGAUUUUUUUCCUGUUUCUUGUUUAUUGCUAAAAUCUACAGUGUGGUGAAAGUGGAGUAAAGUAUUUCCCCAAAGGCUUCCAGGCACAUCACCAUUACCUUUGAAUAUCUAUAUAUCUACAAGACCAUCAAUAGAGAUAUAUAUGUAUGCCCCUAAUUACAUAAAUUUAAAGUAUAUAUGAAUGCAAAAUCUCA